GCUUUGUGUGAGCCUAUGGGGGACAGGCACCGGCAACUCGCUCCGUCGUUAAAAGCGGUGUUUGAGCCUCCCAUCCGCCGGUGGUUGAACCUCUUGGUCUGAAAAUAGCCGUGGGUGCCUUCUGCAGGGGCUGCUCGGUUACAGCGUGUGCGGCCUCCAGCCCAGAGCCUGCCCAGCGCUCGCUGUGCCUGCCGCGACGCGUGUGUGUGGUUCCCCAGAGCCUAAACAGAUAAAUAAAACACAGCCUUAGAGCUGAGAUAAAAGCUGGAUCUGUCUGUGCCCUUUGGUUUGAGAUGAUGUGGGUGUAGCAGACCAGGAGUUUGUCCUGUUAAGCACACGGAGUCAUUGUAUAGAAAUGCUGUUAGUAGAGUGAACAUGCUGUCCCUUAAAAUACCCAUUUUAUUUACUUUAUUGUAAUUAAUAGAACUAGCUAGUCCUCUGUUCUUGCUUUGUUCAGUAAAUGCUAGGUUUUUACCUGUAGCAGCAAAACUUGACGUAUCUAUUUUUUCCGACUCCCUCAUUGCAGUGAAGAACUUGGAAACUGGCAGAAGCACCCCAGGAGUAAAGAUGUUUUUUGAACACGAAAUAGUCAGUGGUGAGGCCUUAAUGCAUGUUAAGACACGGGGAUCAUGGACGCUCGGUUCAGCAUUUCAGUUUUGGUCACUGCUGAAUUCUUCAGUUGCACAACUUCUACCCAAUGGAAUUGCUGGAUGGAACAGAUUCAGGGAACGGAACAGCAAUGCUUUCUGAGUGUACUUCAGCUGCUGAGGGGAAUGGAAACAAAGGAGCAGACAGAGGACAAGUAGAUUGUAGCCCAUGGAAUUCUCCAUGCCUUUUCUCCGAGAGCCAGCCUAGAGCCUUGAAUAGCUUAAAGUACUCCCUCUCAGAGAAAGAGGAAGAAGAGAAGGUAGAGUACACAGUUAUUGAUUGCUUCCAGCAGAAAUUUGGCCCAGCAGUGCUGCACCUGAAACAGCAGCGUGUUGUCAGUGUAGUUGGAGAAGGUGUUAAUUUAUGUCGUCAUGGAAGGCUCUCCUGGCUUCAGAUAGCAACAAAGAGCCGUAUUUUUCUGUUUGAUAUUUUCCUUCUGGGACCUCAAGCUUUCAAAAAUGGAUUACAAAUGGUGCUGGAAGACAACAACAUCUUGAAGGUCAUACAUGACUGCCGUUGGAUCUCAGACUGCCUUUUUCACCAGUACGGUGUCCUUCUCUGCAAUGUCUUUGAUACACAGGUGGCUGAUGUUCUGCAGUUCUCAAUGGCAACGGGUGGCUAUUUUCCAAACCGCGUUUGCACGUUGCAGGAGUGUUUGAUGCAGCACUUGAAGAUACCUUCCAAAUGGGAUGCCCUCAUUAAGUGCAGGCAGGAAGUAGCUUUGGAGAAUCCUGAUAUAUGGUUUUUGAGACCUUUUCCACCUACUCUGCUUCAAGCGCUUGCUCUGAAGGCUAUGUACCUUCUGCUGGUCCACUCAUAUCUAAUGGAUAAUUUGAUGUCCGACCUAACAGCUGUGGUGAAUGAUUACUUAAAUGCUUAUCGGAAUGGAUCUGGAGAUCACCUUAGGAGCACAAAGCCCACUUGCAUGGAGCUGCCAAUGGAGCUGCGUCAGCUGGCAGGCGUCCAGAAGCUGCGAAGGGAGAAAGCGGUGAAAGACUACAGGAUGAAUGAGGAUGGUCUUUUGAUCAGGCCAGCCAUGAAAAUAAAUGAGAGAAAUGAUCCACAGAAGGAUGCAGCCCACAGAGAUGACGGGGACUGUCUCCCCGCAAAUGAAGCAGUCUCUCAAACAUCCUUCAACAAUCAGGAUCUACUUUGUCAGGAAAAGCAUGAAAAUCAAAAUCAAGUGGCAAGUCUGUGGGAGAAGCUCAAACCAGCCUCAAACUGGCUGUAAAAGUCUUUGAAACAAGUGACUUGAUGAGCUCAAAUUGUGUAUCUGACAACAUCCAAAUGAAUGAAAAGGGGAUAUUCCCUGUGUAGAAUUACCAAAGAAAAACUCCUCUCUUUACUAGGACAGGUAAUCAGAUUGUUGAUGGGAAAUAAUGGUCUCUCUAAUGCCAAGGCAAUUCCUGCUGUGAUUUAUCGAGAUCUGUUUUGAGAUCCUUUUUUCAUGAGCUGGUUUUGCUCUUGACUUUUUUUUUUUUAUUAUUAUUAGACAAGUGUCUAACGUUGUAUUGGUUCUUUUGUUGUCAACUGUUGCAGUAUGUAAAUCUCCCACCCAAACCAAAUGUUUAAAUGGGAGAGCUCCUCAGAUGCCUGUUCACUGAGAUUAGAAAGGGCUUGCUGAGAAAAAAAAAAAAAAGUUCUGGCCAACUAAUGUGGUCUUGGUUUACACACAGAUAAGUCUCUUGGCAUAUCUAAACAACAGCCACGCAUUGGAGAGUGCAAAAGAUCCCGCCCUAAUGAACAGCUCUGCUGGCAAAAACAGCAGACGUGUACUCAUUGAAAGGACUCUUCUGCCAACUCAGGGAGGUUUUAGGCUAACUGACAAAAGACGCAUUCUGCUUAUUAUGUUGCGCUCCACCACUGUUUGUCAGCCCUCCUCUAUCAGACUUGUGUAGGUGAGGCUGUAACAGUAAUGUGUGUAUACACACAAGUGUGUGUGGGGAAGCAGUUACAUUAGUUUAAAAGGUUUUUAAUUUUCCCCAAGCAAAGUAAGAUAUAAAGGCAAAACUGGUUUAUUCUCAGUGUACUUGCUUUGGCUGUUACUCACUAAAAUUAAAACUUCUCCAGCUGGUAGUACUCUGCCACAGUGACAAAGGUAAUGCAAGCAGUGCCUGGGUCUUGGACCAUUUUUUGGCAUAACCUUAACGGUAUUCUGUAACUAAAUUGUGUAGUUCCUUUGUCUCAGUUUACUGUAGAAAAAAUAAACCAGGUUUGAAACAA